AAAUUAGAUCGGGCUCGAUAUUCAAAAAAACAAUUGGAGACGCAAUUUGACAAGUUGAGAAAAUUCGUUUACAAACAAAAGUUCAUGGAUUUUAACAGACGACAAUGACUUAUUCAACAAAAAAUGGCUGAGGGUAGAGAUCAAAUCCAAAAAGUUCCCCACAACGAAAGACUAGUGUUAAAGUUGGAUACAUGUAUUCAGACAUACACAUGGGACUGUGGGCUUGCUUGCUGUUGUAUGGUGCUAAGGUACUUGGGUAAAGACGAUUCCUGUGUGUACACCAGUGAUCUGGAGGAACUUCAAUGUGGACAGAGCAUAUGGACAAUUGAUUUGGGAUACCUCCUUCUGAAAUAUAAAGUGAAAGUAGAGUUCACCACUGUCACACUUGGAGUUGAUGAUCAGUAUGCCAAAAAGCCAUUUUACAUGCAAAACUUUGACAAAGAUGCAGACAGGGUUGGCAGAAAGUUUGCUGAAGCCUCUCAGGCUGGACUGGAAGUCUCCAAAAGGUCACUAACUAUGAGUGAUAUUGUUAAUCACCUAUCUGAAGGCAACCUGAUGAUUUGUCUGGUGGACUGGAGCUUGCUAGAGUGCAUAUGGUGUGACAGGGUGAAACAGCAGUGUCUAAAUUGGUGUGGACAUUGUUGCAAAUCCUACCAAGGUCACUAUGUGGUGGUUUGUGGUCAUGAUUUGAAAAAGAAGAAGAUAUUUUACAAGAAUCCUUCCUAUGAUGAAGAGGUUUGCUGCUCCAGAAUGGACCGGUUUGACAAAGCCCGCAAAAGUCAUGGCACCGACGAAGAUGUCCUCCUGAUAUAUACACAGAGCGGGGAAAAAUAGGCAUGCCCAGCCUCUAGCUAGUCACUUUUACCUUUGGAUAUUUGAGUACAGAUGCUUUUGUACCAGAGGUGUUCAUUUUCACAGUUAUGAGUACAUGUACUUAUUAUAUAUAUUUAUAUACAUGUAUUUGUCUUUUGAGUUGUGUUUUUUUUUCAAAACCAAUUUCCAGGUUUUAAUUGGAAUUUUAAUUUAGUCAGGGAAACAUUUUUUUUUUCCAGUAGAAUUCUAUUCUAAGAGUCCUUCAGUCUUAAUUGCAUAUAGUGCAUUGAUCAAAUCUCAUAAAAAAAAAUUAUAUUGAUAUGUUGAAUUGAGAACUGCUAAAUGAAAUUGAACACUUAAAGGCUAACAAGUUUACCGGUUUACACAAAACCACAUAAACCUGUUACCAUGCAAAUAUAGACGUUAUAUGAUAUAUUAUAAGGUUUCUAAUAGUUCAUACCAGUAGUGCUUAGAUAUAUAAAACAGAUUAGUAAGGUUUGGUAUACUUACAUACUGUGAACCAACUUUUAUUCAGGUGCUAGAAAGUUAACAAGAAUGAUGUGGUGGCUAAUAUUUCUCAUGGUGGACCAGUUUAUGCCUUAAUUUGUCUAUACAAUUUCAGACAUCGAUGUUUGUGAAUAAAACUUGGAUUACAGUAUGUUUAAAUUGUGUACAUUCAAUGUUCAUGUAAAGGUGACCAUUUAAUGGCAUUGAUCCAUUAUACCUUAUAAGGAAAAAAAUUCUUCAGUCUGCUGAUGGAUUCGUUUACAUGUAGUAUUCUUUUCAUUAAAACCAUUGUUUAGAUGUUGUAAACUGUUAUCCAUUUAUAUGUACAUGUAUAAUUAUUAUGUAUUUUUAAUAAUAAUGAAAAUGACUCUUGGAAAUUGGUAUGCAAUUGAUAGUUAAGGAACAAAGUCAAAAUUGAAAUGAUCCUUGGGAAAUGCCUCCAAAUUAAUUUGCAAGUACUUCUUCCAUCAAUAGCAAAGUGAAAAAAAUUUUGAAACAUUUGUAUCAGGUAGUGGCAAAUGUCAGCUUUAUUUACAGUGUUCAGUUUUAAAUACUUAACAAAAUUGGGGAUUGUAGAUUCAUUUUCAAAUUCACUAUGUAGCUAAUAUAUUCAUGGACCUUGCUUCAAAGUGUUUAGCAAUCCAUCGUGACACUAUGUAUUUUAAACAUGCUUGCAUCAAUAUAUAUCUUUAGAUGCGGGAUUUUAUUGAUUAUGGUGCAAAACAAAUAGUCAUAAUACAUUUACUUCUAUAUUAUUUUGAUUCGAAUAUAGAAUCUAUUUUGUAAUGUCUAGUAAACAAUGUUUUCUUAUUCAGCUACUGUAGACACAAGUGCCUAAAAAAAAUUAAUUUUAGCUGUAUUUGCCAAAAAUAUUUCUGUUAGUUUCAUCAGAAGCUUUUGGACAGUCUUGUCUCAUUACACUGUAUGAGGUUUCUGGCAAAGUUUUUUCUUACAGUUAUCUGUGAAUUACUGGUAUUUCUGUAAAUAUCUUGACAUUCUUUUCCUAUGGUUUGUUGAAUUAGAAUUUUGAAAUUGUACUAAAAUAUUUGUUACGGUACAUUGACCCUAGGAAAAUAGAGGCAAAUCUGUCUGUGGGAUAAAUUAUGAUUAUUAAAUAUUGAGUGGUUCAAAAUUGAAGGUACGUAAAAUAAUCCCAAGGUACAUAAAAUAAUCUAUAGCAAUUCUAAAAAUGCACAAAUAUAACAUUGUGUUCAAUUAUAAUUAUGUUUUUUGUUAAAAUCCAUAUUGCUGUUCAUAUAUUUAUAUUUUGAUAUACAUUGUAUUAUUGAGGAUUAUUGAAGUUCUUUUAUAUAUUGUGACAGUUUUGUCAUUGCAGGCACCCCACCCUCUUUCUACCCUCCUCCCCCCAUAAAAAAAAAAAGUAAUUAGAGUCUAUCACCCGUCUCAUUUUCUUCCCUUAAGCUCAAAUUUUAAAGUUUGGUUGUUAAGAUUUUCACAUUUAAGUGAUACGUACAUUGUACAUGAUGCAUAUAUAAUCAGUAAAAAUGUGAUUGAUAAAUAUUAAUGAAAUAUUGACAUCUGAAGAAGAAAAAGAUUAAGGUACCUCACUACACCCAGACUUAUUCUUUUUAAGACACUACAUCACAAGAUGGCAAUUUAAAUGUUUUGUUAAAUUGUUUAUAUCGUUUGGUUCGGUUGUAUAUCGCUGUAGCUCUUUGGUUAAUGUAGUGGGCUUCUGAACAGCAGAUCAUGAGUUUGAAUCCGCCUGGAGCUUUUGUUCAUGUUAACUGAAUUAAAUUUUCGAAUAUGAAAUUUUUUAUCCAAAAUUGCACAUUUUUUGCCUAUUUGACUAGAAUACUUCUUAUCCAUUAUGAUAUCUAUCAAAAUCAAGUAAUUUUCUGCUGAUUUGAGAAAAUAUUUCAAGGUGUAGUGAGCCACCUUAAGAAUUGGUUUAAUUUUUGUUAAUUUGGUUUUCUUGGCCUCCUCUCUCUUUCUGUUGUUAACAUAAUGUAGUAUCUUCAAACAGGGUAUGUCUCGUUCUAAAAUGUUUAUUAAGAAACCUUAAUUAGUAUCAAUUCUUCUGUAUUCAAUUAUUCUAAGAUGGUUUGUACGCCAUCUGAGCUCAAGCUUUAUAUAUGCACCAGCAAUGGAUUAGAGACAUUUAACUGUCAUAGGAAAUGUAUCCUUAAACCUUUUUUUAUAUUUCAUCAUUAUUUACUGGUACAUAUUUAUUAAUUAAAGUGCUUGCUUUGCCAAAACUUCAAACAGAUUAAGGAAAGGAAAUUGCUUCUUCUUAUGCAAGUUUGGUUGUGAUGUUAAAAGAAAUGAGAUAUAUUUUUGUAUAUUCUGUUAAAACACAUUGGUAAUAAAUUAUUUGCUAAACUUCA